AUGGUACACCAUACAUCUUUACAUGUAGCCAAGUAUCCAGUUGGAAUAGAGUCUCGUGUACGAGAUGUUUAUCAGCAUUUAAGUAUUGGAAGGAAUGAUAUUACAUGCAUGAUAGGGAUAUUUGGAGCUGGUGGAAUCAGUAAGACAACUAUUUCAAAAGAGAUCUAUAACAUGAUUUCUUCUCAAUUUGAAGGGAGUUGUUUUUUGAAAGACAUUAGAGAAACUUCAAAGCAAGCAAGUGGUCUAAUUCAGUUGCAAAACAAACUUCUUUAUGCAAUCUUAAGAAAAAAUAUGGAUGUUUGUGAUAUUGAUAGAGGAGUCAAUGUGAUUCGACAUAGACUUCGCUCUAAAAGAGUUCUCCUCAUUCUUGAUGAUGUGGAUGAGUUAGUCCAACUAGAAAAUUUAGCUGGUGAUCGUAAUUGGUUUGGUUUGGGAAGUAGGAUCAUCAUAACAACAAGAAAUCGAAACCCUAAAGCUGAUUCAGUAUAUGAGGUGGAGAUAUUGGACGACAAUGAAGCUCUUCGACUCUUUAGUAGGCAUGCUUUUGAGGAAGAAGAACCGAUUGAAAAUUAUGCAGAACUCUCUAAAAAAAGUUCGGAUCUCAAAGGUCGAAGUUUACAUGAAUGGGAAAGUGCAUUGGAUAAGUAUAGAAAAACUCCCAAUGGAAAUAUUCAGAAAGUACUUGAAACAAGUUAUGAUGGGUUGGACAAUAAUGAGAAGGAUAUGUUCCUUGAUAUUGCAUUUUUCUUCAAAGGAGAACUCUUGGCUAAUGUCAUAAAAAUAUUUGAUAGUUGUGGUUUUUCACCAGAUGAUGGUAUCAACAGGCUUAUAGACAAGUGUCUUAUUACUGUUGAUAGCAAUGCAUUGUGGAUGCAUGACGUGCUACAAGAUAUGGGUCGGGAAAUUGUUAGACUACAAUCACCCAAAGAACUUGGUAAACCUAGUAGAUUGUGGUUUCAUGAGGAUGUUCGUCAUGUGUUAGAAGAGAGUACGGGAACAAACAAAGUUGAAGGCAUAGUAAUAGAUUUGCCCGAUGGCGAAGACAUGAUAAACUUGGGUUCAGAUGCGUUUGUACCAAUGAAAGGACUUAGAGUUUUUAUAAAUCAUAAUGCACAUUUUUUUGAAGGGCCUAAUUAUCUCUCUAAUGAGUUAAGAGUACUUGAUUGGUCUAAAUAUCCUAUGCAAUCUUUACCACCCAAUUUCAAUGGAAAGAAACUCGUUGUCUUUCGAAUGUGUGAUAGCUUGGUCAUGGAGUUAGGCCAGAGAUUCAAGAACUUGAGAACUAUGGAUCUCAUUGAUUGUAAAUUCUUAACGAGGAUUCCAGAUCUUUCAAGUGCUUCAAAUUUGGUGGAAUUGAAAGUUGAAUAUUGUGCAAGUCUAGUUGAAGUGCAUGAUUCUGUUGGAUUCCUGGAUAAUCUCUCUCUUUUGUCUUUUGUAGAUUGCCCUAACCUCUCAAUAUUUCCAAGAAGUCUCAAGUUGAGAUCUCUACAUAAGCUUAAUUUUAACGGUUGCACAAGCUUUCGCAAUUUUCCUGAAAUCGAGGGUAACAUGGAAAAUUUACGUACAUUACAUGUAGAGGGCACUGCAUUUGAAGAACUUCCUUUACGGAAUCUAGUUGGGCUUUCUGUUUUAAAUCUAACAAGAUGCAAAAAACUUGUUGGUCUCCCAACUUGCAUUCUUGUUUUACAAAAUAUUUUAAAUUUUGGAAGGAUGGGUGAUAACAGACAAUCUGUCGUGGCUAUUGAGCAUACAACAAUGGAAGAUCAGAUUAUAUCAUCAAGUGAAGAACAACUCCGGCCAUGA